CCAGCAGCCACAGCGCCGCUUGCUGUGGAUGUCAACUGUUUCUCUUUUCCUGCCUGACACUCACAAGGGGCACAGCUGCUAUCUAUAGUACAACUCUAUUUUCAGACCAUGCAGACAGGACGCAAUGGAACUCUCUCAAACCUUUAUUUACCGUCCACUUCUGGGGAAAAAAUGGCUAAUCUACACUCGAGUCAGACACUUGUCCCAACAAUGCCACUUGAGAGCCUGUUUUAGGAAGGGAAAAGGUUUAAGAGAUCAUGGAAGUGCCUGAAGGCCUGGGACCUACCCAGGAUAUUCAUGCCGAGAAUACGACCCUUGAUCUGCAGGAAACAGAGCACCAGGCGGGCUGGGUGAGAGUGAGGGUGGAAGAGAGCUGGUUCACUGUUGAGCGGGCCCUGCUAGCAAGGCACAGCAGCUACUUCUGUGCCCUCUUUCACUCUGGAAUGAGAGAAAGUCAGCAGGACGAGCUUUGCCUGAAGGGAGGAGUGCCCGCAAGGGGUUUCCUUAUUGCUCUCUCUGUCUGCAAAGGGGAGCUUCCAACUAUUUGCGACCCGGAUGAGCUUGCAGAUGCUGUUGAAUGUGCUGCUUUCCUGCAGGUUGCAUGUUUGGAGCAGUAUCUUUGUGAUAUUAUUGACUCAAAUAACUGCCUCUUGCUUUACCAUGCAGCCUCCAUCUUUGGGUUGCAAACACUCUUUCACAGCGCUGCUCUUUUCCUUUGCGAUGCUUUCGAUGAUCUGAAGGAAGCAGCAGAGAGUACAAUCCCUGAAACCCUGCUACGAUAUUCUCAAUCACUGUCACCUGCUACUUAUAUUGCAAUAGGUACUCAUUCUCCUUCAAUGGAACUGUUACACGACUCCUUCAGGGUUGUUUGCUACCUUGAUGAAAAACAGGGAGAAUGGAAGCAUCUGACAAACCUCCCAACUCUCUGUAGCACCUCCAUGGCUGGUGUGACUGUGCUUGACAAUCGGUUGUACAUUGUAGGGGGAGUUUACGGUUAUGGUAAGGACACAGUGGACAGCACCUUCUGCUACAACCCAGAGUCAGGGGUUUGGACUCCUCUUCCGGGACCCCAGCAACCGAGAUAUGAUUUCACCUUGCUGGGACACGAGGGCAAACUCUAUGCCAUUGGUGGCGAGCUCCAAAAACGAACGAUUUCCACAGCAGAGAGUUACGACACUGAUAAAGGAAAGUGGACAUUUAUACAACAUGCACCAAGACCGGUUGCAUCUGCGGCUUGCGCUGUUGCAAGACGUCGGAUAUUUGUUUGCUUCUGGAGGCCACCGGAUACCACAGAUAUCUAUGAAUAUAUACCAGUGAAAGAUGAGUGGAAACUGGCAACCACCAUGAUAAAACCUCAAAGUUAUGGCCACUGUAUGGUAGCACACAGGGACAAUUUAUAUGUGAUGCGCAACGGGCCUAGUGAUGACUUCCUGCGUUGUCUAAUGGACUCCUACAAUAUUACCACAGGCCAGUGGACAGCCUUGCCUGGACACUACAUAAACAGCAAGGGGGCACUGUUCACUGCAAUGGUAAGGGGGGAUUCUGUGUUCACAGUGAAACAUAUGUUAACUCUUGAAUACACCGUCACUGGAGAUGGAUGGAAGCCCUGCAGGCAGAUGAAGGGAUUUCCAAAGAGUGGCUCACUGUGGACGUGUUUACUCAGGCUUCCCAAGACAGGACCAGUUAUACCACGGUUGGGUUCAGAAGGGAAGGAAGAAGAAAUGCCUUCACUAACCACAUCUGAGGGAUUUGCGGCAACUACAUCACAAUUGUGAAAGGACAACUGAAAAACAAUAUAAUGUUUUUUAGGGUUUUUAAAGUCUGAGAAUGAAAUAACACUGAGGCUAAGGGUUUCUGAAGAUUGCAACACUAACAAAAAAGGUCUUCAUUUUAAAACAUUCACUUUCACAUGCACUCACAUGCACACGUGCUGACACUAAGUAUUUGUCCUGAUUAGCAACAGCUGCUACUGUAGUUUAUAUUAGGGGAGGCCACUGUGCUUGUGUGAAUGUGUGUAAAGUUCAAAGGCACUGACGGGAUGUUUUAAACCUCUCAUCCUUCAGUUUUUCCUGAAGUCACACUGGGCCAAUUCAGGAGCCACUAACCUCCCAGUCAACAUAAAACACCACAGCUACUCUCUCAUACACUGUUGAAACCCUCACUUUACCAGGUUUGUUGAUGAAUGAUUAAAUACCUGUUUCUGUGGGAGAAUACAUUUCACAUAGCCUCUAGCUUGUGACUUUAAGAAUUGUGGGAAAUGUGUUUUGCUUGUAUGGCCACAGACUGCAUUUUUUCGGUAUAUUAAAAACCAAUGGAGUGAGAAUGGACUGGCAACAUGUG